GUACAUAAACCUCGCCAGUGGGGGUAGGGGAACUUGUCAAACAACAUAUUUAUAUGAUGAAUUUUAUCAAUAAUUUGUUUUCUAUUUCUUAUCAGUAGUUUAAUUUUCAUAAACAACAUCUGACUAAACAUGGUACCUGAAAUGUGUAUGUUGGCGGAAUUUGGCAAUAAGUGAAUUCCAUGCAUUAAUUAAUUAUAAUCCCUGUGUUGGUCCCUGUGUUCUAUUCUGAUACAAGAUAAAAAAAUGGAAGUCGGAAAUAUGGCAGUGAAAAAAGGACCAGGACUUUACGAGUUUCUCGUAGAAGCAGAACUGCAACAUUAUUUCAACAGCUUUAAGAAUACUUUAAAAAUUACUCACCCUUCCCAGCUCAAGUUUACAACAGAAAGUGACUUGGUAGACAUAGGAAUGUCCAAGCCAGAAAUGAGGCGUUUGAGGAAGUACUAUGAAAAACACUUUCCUCAUAAUUAUUUAUCAAAAUUCAAAAAAUUGUUAAGUCAUAAAAAGCAAGAAAACACAGUUACUGAUGUAAACCUUUUACUGAAUCAAGAUACCCUUACUGUAUCUAAGUCGCCUAAGGUUUCUAGUAAACACAUAAUUCCCGCUGCAAGUAUUACAAUCAACAAAGAGCUUGGAAUGGGUGAAUUUGGUGUUGUUCAGCAGGGUGUCUGGUGUAACGAAGGAGAAAGAAUUCAGGUAGCUGUUAAAUGUCUAUCUAGAGAUAGAAUGCAGAGCAAUAUGGUGGAAUUUUUAAAAGAAGCGUCCAUAAUGCACAAUAUAGACCAUCCAAACAUAGUCAGGUUUUUUGGGGUUGUGCUUCCAAAUAUCGAGGGCAGCUUAAUGUUAGUCACUGAACUGGCUCCAUUAAGGUCAUUGUUAGAAUGUUUAAAAGAGCCUUCUUUGAGGUCAAGUUUUCCUGUGUUAACUUUGUGUGAUUUUGCAUAUCAAAUAUGUGAUGGUAUGCAGUAUCUUGAAGCAAACAGACUGAUUCAUAGGGAUUUGGCUGCAAGAAAUAUUUUGGUAUUUUCUAAAAAUAAAGUUAAAAUCUCGGAUUUCGGACUGAGCCGUGCCUUAGGUCAAGGAAAAGACUACUAUCAGACUAAUUUCAACGUCAAUUUAAAAUUACCUAUAGCGUGGUGUGCUCCAGAAUGUAUAAGUUAUUUACGAUUUACAACAGCUAGUGAUGUAUGGGCGUUUGGUGUUACUUUGUGGGAGAUGUUUUCUUAUGGAUUUCAACCUUGGGCAGCCUUAACAGGCCAACAAAUUUUGGAGGCCAUAGAUGAACCCAAUUUUCAGAGACUUGAGCAGCCAGAUUGUUGUCCUCUCGACCAUUAUAAUUUAAUGUUGGAUUGUUGGAGGCAUGAGCCUGCUCAAAGACCGCGUUUUGCUGAUAUAGGCCCAAUAUUGGCUGAAUGUAGACCUGAACAAGUUCUAGCAAAGAUUACUUAUAACGAAGGUCAUCAUCUGCUUACUUUUCGAGUGGGAGACAUUAUUACAGUUCUUGACAAAAAAACUCAUAAUCCGCUUUGGAAAGGCGCAACUGCUAGUGGUAAAACAGGAGUAUUUGAUCCCAUAAAUGUGGUGGCUUACCUAGGCAGUGAUUUACCUAGUUCAUCUUUUAUGCGCGCUGGUAUGGAUUCGACACGAUCUUCAGCUCGCAGAAAAUUGAAAAGUGAGAUGAUCAGCGCCCCUCAGAAUGAUUUAAAACAUACUAGUCAUGUGGGACUUGAUGGAGCAUAUUUUGGUGAUCUGAGUUUUUUGGGAUGUUCUAAAGGGAAUUAUGGUAGUGUACCAACACAAGUAGUAGCUCCAUAUAGGCCUCAUAAAGAUUUGGAAGCAGCUCCUCUGUUAGAAGGGGAUUGUGCUCUUACUCCUGCUCCUUUACAGGAUCACGCAUAUCAUGAAAUUAGCGAUGAAGAAACAAACAAUAGUCCUCAUUUAGAUUUAGGUCCAUCACUUAUGGCUGAAAUGGAAAUGAUGUUUAGCAGUUUGGGUAAUCAAAAUCAGAGUCUUGAUCAUGAAGGGUCAAACCGAAGCAAUGAACUUCGCGAGAAAAUGAACGCUAAACCGAAGAAACAAGCUACCGUAAAGCCAAUAUCAGCUCAUGACGAGAAACAUAUUGAUUCCGCUAUAGCUCUUGCAAACGAAAUGACCACAAGAUCUUUAUCUGCACCAGCACCCACAACCCCUGCUUCUCCGAGCAAAAAGAAAAGUUCAUUUAGCUUCAAGUUUCCUUCGGUACAUGAUUCUGACAAACAUCACGAGACGCGGCGAAACUUUUCAGAAGAAGCUUUAUCAACUGGUGACAUUCAGAAGUUAAAAAGCUCCCAUUCCUCGCUUGAAGAGUCUCCUUCCACUCUUCGCCUUCCACUCUGGGACAAAGCUUCUGCGGAAUUUUACUUUGCCAGGUCUAGAGAAUUAUUAUCAAAACCCUUUCCAUCAAUCCACAGAAUUCCACACAGCUCUUGCAGAAGUUUAACGUCUAAUAAAGAGGAAGGUACAGAAAGUGCUAUUUUGAAAGGAAGUCAUAAUAUGGCACCGUUUGUUGGAAACCGGUUCCAAAAUUCAAGUUUUGAUGAGAACUAUGAUAGAACUGUUGAUUAUGGUGUUAGGAAUAUUCCAAGAAAGAGAGACUUGACUAAAUCGGAAGGUGUUACCAGAAAGAGUUACGGCUUUGCAAGUCCAUUUACCAGAGAAGCUCGAGAGUCUCAAAGUUUUCGCGAAUCUCAUUCAAAUCGACAAUCUUUUCACGUGAACUCAUCCCAAUAUUUUGAGUCGUCUUAUGUUUAUUACAAAAGAGACUCAAUUGAAGAUCCACUAAUAGGUAGACCUAAAGAGAAGCAUAUUUAUGAGCGUCCUAGAAUCCUUUCCUUCAGUGAUGUUCAUGAAAAUAUUCCUAGAAAGAAUAGCAGAAGUAUAAGGGAACGUAACAGGCGCCGUCAGUCAUACAAUCCGCAAGUGUAUGAAUCUAGCUCAAGUGAUAGUGACUGCAUUUCGGUGGGAUCUGUGGAUUUUGACUGGCGGCGACGUCGAAGAUUGUCGAAAUUCUCAUGUUCCAAUACGAGCAUCCGAUCGGAAAUGAUAAAUAAGUCCACAAACCCAUUUUUAAGACCUCAGUUUAGUCUCAAGCUAUUUGGUAGAUCUCCUCCUCCCUCAAGCAGUAUUUUAAGUGGACUUAGUCCCACAUCAGUAUCGCGAUGCAAGAAAUUGGCAAACAGUAGCUCCAGCGAUUCCAUUUUAUAAUUUCUGAAAUAAUUCAGUAUCUUUUUUGGUUAAUUUUUUUUUACUUUACUUGAUAUUGUUUCUAAAACUAUUGGAACUUAUUGCCAUACCAUUGGAUAUAGUUUUUAUUCCACACACUUUUUUUAAAGUGUUGUACGUGAAUGGUAAUGAUCUUUGUAUUUUGGUGUUUAGGAUUUUAUAUUUCUAUAGUGAGUAAUGUUUCAAUUUUACACAUGUAUUCAAAGUUUAAUGUAACUAUGUAUUGUAUGUCCUUUAUAGACAUAUUGAUAUGAAACAGUGUUAAUCCAUCCUUAAUCAAAUAUACAUACACAAAAUUAGCUAAGCGAUUAAUGGAUUUUUAUAUGUAAUCCAAUUUACGAGAAUUAUUGACACCGCUAAUUUUAUGUGUUUACCAUCUCUUUUCAUUUUGCUUUAUUUCUUUUCGU